AGGCAUCGUCACAAUCGGAUUUCUCGCACACAGACACACGUAGAGUCAGUUUCGGUGAACGUCGUCGGGGUUUUUUGGUUGGUGAUCGACUCACACGUCGAAAGUUUCACGUAAAUAAACUUUUACGUGUUGUGACGUGCGUUUGGGUUCGUGUGAGUGCUCGAUACAACCCUCCUAGUUCAAAAUAAGGGGGGUACCACCUAUAUAGAUCCAAUACGUUAUUCUAAUAUAUGUUAUAAACAGUGUUCUUUGUUGUCGUCUAUUUCUGCAACAUCGUCGCGGUUUUAACGGAGGAGAGUGCGAGUGAGUGAGUGAGUGCGUUGGAGAGUUGUUUUUUCGUAAAUUUCCUCGUUAUCACCACAAUAUAUAAGUGCAAAUAAUAAGAGCGAUUAGUAGGAUUAUAAGCGAGCGAGUGCGCUAUUUUUAGCCCGCGCUGGUUUUUUUGAUCACGUGAAUAAAACGCUCAAAUUGCAACAAUAAACAAGUGACGAGGAUCAGCAGAGGACCGAAAGUAGCGGCAACGAUGCGCGCCAAUGCCAGGCACCAUUUGUUUUUUCGGAUUUUUUAAUACACAUGGUGUCGGAGGCUGUCUAGGGUAGGAGGAGGCCGGCCAUGCGCCUCGGCCAGGCUUCUCUCCUAGUCACGCUGCUGUUGUGUCUGUCGCGCAUCCCCUCCAACGCAGAAUCGGUGCUGCCGCCCGUGAACGUCGACGACGAUUGGUCGCGGCCGCCCCCGAUCACCGCCCCCACCCCUUAUUACGCGGGUCAUUUGAACGGCACCGAUUACCAUGACCUCUAUAACCUCAUGGAGGACGAGGAGGAGGACAACCGGUUUUCUCCCUCGGCGGGAGGUUUCAAAAGGGAGAACCUCACCGUGGGCGACCUCAAGAAGGAGUCUCUCGAUGACCACAAGGUGAAACUGGUGCUCGGGUACCUGACGGCGGUCAAGGGGGUGCUCAAAGAGCGACAGGGUCUGAUGAUCUCCGGAGCCAUAUCUAUGGCCAUCAAAGAGAUCAAUCAAGACGAAUCGAUUCUGCCCAACGUGACGCUGGUGUUGCGUUGGAACGACACCAGGGGCGACACCGUCGUGGCCACCCGCGCUAUGACCGACAUGAUCUGCGAGGGCGUGGCCGCCUUUUUCGGUCCAGAGGGCGCCUGCUACGUCGAGGCGAUCGUCUCUCAGGCCCGAAACAUCCCGAUGAUCAGUUACAAAUGCUCGGAUUACAAGGCGUCCGACGUGCCCACCUUUGCCAGAACGGAACCGCCCGACACCCAGGUGACCAAGUCGAUCUUCUCGCUGCUGACUUACUACAACUGGCACAAGUUCUCCAUCAUUUACGAGGAACGGUGGGACACGGUCGCCCUUUCGCUGGAAAAACAGGCGGCCGCCCUUAACAUGUCGGUGCAGCACAAAAAGAACGCGAGGGACAGGCACAGGUGCUGCGAGCAGAAUUAUAAGUGUUGUCACACGGGGUUUUGGUACGACUUCAUUCAGAACUCGAAAAACAAAACUAGGAUUUACGUAUUCCUGGGUACCCCAUACUCCCUAAUAGACUUCAUGGACAACAUGCAAAGGGCCCAACUGUUCGAAAACGGCGAAUACAUCGUCAUAUAUGCCGACAUGAACACCUAUUUGAAAAAAGAGAGCCAUCGGUACAUUUUCAAAUUCGACGAGAUUGAAAAGUAUAAGAGUUGCAAAGAGUUUACUGAUUACCAAAACUGGCGCAAGAGGGCCAAGUCGUUGUUCGUGGUGGUACCUACCGCCCCCUCGGAUAAUUAUAAGAAAUUUUCCGAAGAUGUACGACAACAUAACGAACUGGAUCCCUUUGAUUUUCACACUUUUCAAUUGUUCGUCAACUAUAUGCCUGAAUUCGUAAGCAUUUACGCGGCCUACCUAUACGACUCGGUAAAACUAUACGCGUCCGCCCUGCACUAUUUGUUGGCCCAGGAAACUGUACUAAAUGAAAAUGUCAUACGGGAAAUCGCUUCUAACGGUACCAAAAUCAUCGAGACCAUCAUCAAAAUCAAUCAGACCUACAGGAGUGUUACGGGGGCGGUGAUAAAACUAGACAAAAACGGCGACUCGGAGGGCAAUUUUUCGGUGCUGGCGUACAAGGAGUCGGAGCAAGUGAGUUUCCCGGGGCCAAAGUACAAUUUUUCAUGUCCCUUUCUGAUCGGUCCGGUGGGACAGUUUUACCAAUCGGACGACGUGGAUCUUCCGCAAUACAAGAUCAACCCGAAUACGAAAAUCUUAUGGGCGGGAGGUGACAAACCGAGCGACGAGCCGAGUUGCGGGUUCGACAACGAGUUGUGCCAAAAAACGGACACGCACCGCAACAGCAUCAUCGCGGCCGGACUGUUGGCCAUCACGUUGUUCUGCGCAAGCGUUGUCACCAUGAGCAUCUACCGCAAGUGGAAAAUCGAGCAGGAAAUCGAGGGUUUGCUGUGGAAAAUCGACCGGGAGGACAUCCACAACUACUUGGAACGAGAUUUAGUGUCCAGUCCUAGUCGGUUAAGCUUAUGCAGUGCCAGCGUCACUUCUUACGAGUCCCGAGGGGGUCUGCAGGUGUUUACCACCACGGCAACUUAUAAAGGAGUAGUGGUACGCAUUAAGGAACUGACCUUUUCCCGGAAAAAAGACAUCUCCCGGGAGGUGAUGAAGGAAAUGCGACUUUUACGGGAUUUAAGGCACGACAACGUCAAUUCGUUCAUCGGGGCAUGCGUGCAACCGACCUCCUUACUACUAGUCACCGAUUACUGCGCCAAAGGCAGCCUGUAUGAUAUUAUAGAAAAUGAGGACAUCAAGCUGGACAAGAUGUUCGUUGCCUCCCUGGUGCACGAUCUCAUCAAGGGCAUGCUGUAUUUGCACAAUUCGUUGUUGGGUUGCCAUGGCAACUUGAAGUCGUCGAACUGCGUGGUGACCAGCCGCUGGGUGCUACAAGUGACCGAUUUCGGUCUUAUUGACCUCCGCCAUUACGCCACCCAAGACUAUAGCGAGGAGGAGCAUCAGAUUUAUCGAAACCUCUUAUGGAAGGCCCCCGAGCUUCUCAGGUAUCCGGACAUGUACCCCAGGGGGUCCCAGAAGGGGGAUGUGUACGCCUUUGCCCUGAUUUUAUACGAGAUAUUGGGGCGCAGAGGUCCGUUCGGUCCGGUACAUAACGAACCGAAAGACAUCGUUUUAUCGAUCAAGGAACCGAAAGAGGGUCAACCGUUGGUCAGACCGGAUGUGGAUCUGCUCUACGACUCAGAAGUGGGAUGCGACGGGUACGUGCUGGAGGUGAUGCAGGAGUGCUGGGCCGAGAAUCCGGAUCACCGGCCGGAUUUUGCCACUAUUAGGACCAAAUUGAAAGGCAUGAAGGAGGGAAAGAGUAAGAACAUAAUGGACCAAAUGAUGGACAUGAUGGUAACGUACGCCAAUAAUUUGGAGGAGCUCGUGAACGAGCGAACCCGACUGUUAUACGAGGAAAAGAACAAAACCGAAGACUUACUGCACAGGAUGUUACCAAAACCGGUCGCUGCAAGACUCACCAAAGGUUACGGGAUCGAACCGGAAUCCUUCGAUCAAGUGACGAUUUACUUCAGCGACAUCGUGGGCUUCACCGCCAUGUCCGCCGAGAGUACCCCACUGCAAGUCGUCGACUUUCUAAACGAUCUUUAUACAGUAUUCGAUAGGAUUAUCAAAGGUUAUGACGUGUACAAGGUGGAAACCAUCGGGGACGCCUAUAUGGUGGUUUCAGGGUUGCCCAUCAGGAACGGCGACAACCAUGCCGGGCAUAUCGCUUCGAUGGCCUUGGACCUACUGGCAGCUGUCAAGAAACAUAGCGUACGUCACAGGCCGAAUGAAACGUUAAAACUUCGCAUAGGAAUACAUACCGGUCCAGUGGUGGCGGGUGUGGUGGGGCUCACGAUGCCCCGUUACUGUCUCUUCGGCGACACAGUGAACACCGCCUCCCGCAUGGAGAGUAACGGGGAACCCCUGAAGAUCCACAUCAGCAUGCAGUGCAAGGAGGCCUUGGAAAAAUUGGGCGGCUACGUCAUCGAGGGGCGGGGCAUCGUCAACAUGAAGGGCAAGGGGGCGGUCGAGACUUUUUGGCUGGUGGGGGCGAACGACGCCGCCAUCAAACCGGUCGAGGUCGAUUACAACGAUUUGCCGCCGCUUUUCUGCGGGCCGCGACGCAGCCCGAAGUUGAACAACGAGUCGAGGCAACCCUCGAUCGUCGGCGGACACGGCGGGUUGCAUAGCAGGAGGCACUCGAGCGUGCCCCGGGAGCCUCACGGUACGUAUGGAGGCUCUCGUUCGACGAUAAACACCGCCUUCGGGAGUCAACUGAUCGAUGCCCCAGAGGAGGGUCGCUACAAGCCACGGCCCAGGCGAGUUUUGUCGAGUAUCGCGAGCAGCUCAGACGAGCCGCACAAGAGUUGGGGGGUCCUGAACAAAAUCCGGGAGUCCAAGUCGUUGGAUCCGUUACCAGCAGCAAACGCUGCUACCACCGGUCGGACCAGUAAAAGCCCCCUGGAUUUGAUCGAUUCGUUCUUGAAGGGCCGGAAACGGUCCGCCCAAAGCCUCAUCGAGGACUGGGAUAACCAGAAAGAGAUCCAGAUCAUCGCCAUCCCCAAGGACAAAAUGGUGAACAACAAUUUCCCAAACGGGAAUUUGCUGAGUAUGACCAGGGAGGAGCAGUUGGGAUUCAUCGAGGACGCGCAGGUGCCGCUCCUAAAGCCGCCCCUCGUCGUAAGACAUCGGGGCGGCAGCGAUUUUCUCGGCAGCGAUUGCAGCAAACCGAAAUUGACUCAUUCCCUGGACGCCCUCCCGACAAAAGAGUACAAUUUGGUGCAGAAAAACUCGUUCAAGAAAUUCUUGGCGGGCGUGGCGGGCAUUUUUAACGGGAACAGCGUGAAGUCGAGCCACGCUUCGCUACGCAAGGGGGUCUUAAACGAGUACAAUAACAUUCAGCAACCGGAUAGUGAGAGUAUGGUUUAGGAAUAUCGAUAGUUUAUCGACAUUUAUGGCGGGUCUGUGAUGUCGACCAAAUUCUACUUAAUUUUUAACGAUACAUAUCCCUUUUGGCAAUAUUCAGUGGUGAUCGGUCAGAAUUGAUGUCUCCCUAGGAAAAACACAUUUGUACACGUUUGUACAUACAUAGGAAAUUUGCAGAAAAUUUGAAAAUUUUUCAUUUUAAAAUUGUACAAGAAUUAGUCCGUUUUAAAAAAUUGUACAAAAUUUUGUACAAUUUAUGUUUUUAAACAUUUAAAUUGAGAAUUUGAUAGCGACUAAAAUAAACCUAAACACUAUAUAAAUAUCUUUAUUAGUUUCCGAGAUAUGGGCAUUUUACGAAUAAAAAUAUCAAAUUUAUGUUCAAAUAUCUUGAAAAUGAUAUUUGAAUGAAUUCAAAUUGUUUAUAGAGUAAAAUGUCGAUGAAAUUCUCAAAAAAUCACUCUCCGAUCAGUUAAUUAGCGCGCAUUUCAAAAUUGUACAAAAUUUUGUACAUUUUAGGUUUUUAAACAUUUAAAUUGAGAAUUUGAUGGCGAUUAAAAUGAACCUAAACACUAUGUAAAUAUCUUUAUUAGUUUCCGAGAUAUAGGCAUUUUUACGAAUAAAAAUAUCAAUUUUAUGUUCAAAUAUCUCGAAAAUGGUAUUUAAAUGAAUUCAAAUUGUUUAUAGAGUAAAAUGUCGAUGAAAUUCUCAAAAAAUCACUCUCCGAUCAGUUAAAUAGCGAGCAUUGCAAAAUUGUACAAAAUUUUGUACAUUUCAGGUUUUUAAACAUUUAAAUCGAGAAUUUGAUGGCGAUUAAAAUGAACCUAAACACUAUGUAAAUAUCUUUAUUAGUUUCCGAGAUAUAGGCAUUUUUACGAAUAAAAAUAUCAAUUUUAUAUUCAAAUAUCUUGAAAAUGGUAUUUGAAUGAAUUCAAAUUGUUUAUAGAGUAAAAUGUCGAUGAAAUUCUCAAAAAAUCACGCUGCGAUCAGUUAAAUAACGAGCAUUGCAAAAUUGUACAAAAUUUUGUACAUUUCAUGUUUUUAAACAUUUAAAUCGAGAAUUUGAUGGCGAUUAAAAUGAACCUAAACACUAUAUAAAUAUCUUUAUUAGUUUCCGAGAUAUAGGCAUUUUUAUGAAUUAAAAUAUCUAUUUUAAAUGAAAAUAACUCAAAAACGGUUUGAGAUAACCCUAUAGUGCGGGGUAUCAUUGAAAUCAGAAAAAAAUUCCCUAUACGAUGAGGUAAGUGAAUACAUUUUUUGAGCGUUUUAAAAUUGUACAAAAUCUUGUACAAUUCUAUAAACAGCUGAAUUUGAUGUACAAUUGUGUUUUCUUUGGGAGGACUAGAAUUUAAAUUAGAAAAUAUGUUUUUUGUAAUUGAAAAAUUCAAAUUUUUAUUUUAUUACAUACAUAUAUUUUUACGCGUUAGUUUUUUGUUUGUCCGACCGAUUUUGACGCUCCUCCCUAUAAAAUAGAGACGGGCACGCAAUAUCGGUAUUUUGUACAAUUAAUUUUUUUCCAGUAAUAUGAUCUGUACGGAGACUUUAUUAACGAAUUAACGGUUUAGUUUAAGAACGGACCAGUUUGUGUUUGAGGCUGUGAAUAUAUAAAGUUUAUUUUUGCAAAAAUUCGCAAAAGUACGUUUAAAAAAAAACAUAAGAGAAGUUAUCAAUAUGUAAAUAGGGCUCUAAUAAAUAAAUAAAUAAAUAAAUGCCAUAUAUAACGCGCACCAGCAUCUUUUUUAGUAGACGUGCCAUCGUAACUUAAGUGACUGUGUAAGUUUUAUCCCACGCAUUGUGUAUAAAAAAUAAAUAAACGAUCAAUUGUUUAUCUUUAUUUUAAACGACUAAAUAUUUUAACUUGUUUAUAUUUUGUUUAUUUUCUUUUUUGUUAUUGAAAUUUUAGUUGGUUAAUAUAUUUAGUUGUUAUCAAUAUUAUAUUAUUACUGUAAAUUACAUAUUAUAGAUGUUAUAUGUUAGGUACUUGUUUCAUAAAUAUACAUAUUUAUUUUA